AUGGGAGGAGGGGAGAGUGCUGGGGCGAGCAAGGAGAUCGGUCCGCGGCGCCUGCCUGCUGGCGGUGUUGACAGGGCUAGACAAACCGACGAGACAAACGCCACCCUUCCGAACCUGUCACUCAAAAGACCGCCCGACGAUAUCGAAACAUGCGUCAUAUGCCUCGAGCCGCUCACGGGGCCAUGCAAACUGAUACCCUGCGCACACUACCACUACCACCUUAUCUGCAUCGAGGCGUGGCUGUCCUCCGCGCCCGGAUGCCCGAUUUGCAAGGCCAAGGUCUCGAAAGUCCUCCACGGCCGGCAACUCGAAAAGACAAAAGACUAUACCGUGAAGACCGUCUCUCGACCCUUGUCGUUUUCGACAUCCACGGGCUCUCUGUUCGGACCUCCGGUCAAUACGCCCCGUCCCGCAGCCGCGGGCAAUCUAUUUGGGGAUGUCGCGUUUGACCAUCGUGUGCGGCGACACUGGACCGACAUCCCCUGGCUCACCGAGCCGUUUGGUCUCUCCUUCAGGCGCGAAGUCUACCGACGGCUGCGUUACUCAAAGCACGUGGGAUCGAAUCCUCACUCCGGCUACCGCGAGCUGUCCCAGCGCGACUUCCAGGACCGGGCCGUCCUCGAGCGCGCGCGGAUGUUUUUGCGGCGAGAACUACGCGUCUUCGGCUGGCUGACGACGCCCGAGGCGGACACGAUAGAGAUGCUCAACGGCGAGACGCAGGACUUUUUCGAGCGCCGCAAGAGAGUCAUCACGGUGGAGAGCAUGAUGGGCCACAUCCUGCGCCUGCUGCAGCACUUUGAGAUCCGCGGCAGCGACGGCGGACUCGAGGACGUGGUGGCGCGCCACCUGGGCCGCGAGAACACGCAGCUCCUGCUGCACGAGCUGCACGCCUUUCUACGCAGCCCGUACGAGAGGCUCGAGGACUGGGACCGGGCCGUCCAAUAUCACCCCCUGCCGGCGAGCCUCCCCGAAAUACCUGAGCGGCAGCCCCGCCAGAAUUCUUUCACGAGCGAGCGAUAUUCGCAGCGCUACAGGAAUAGACAAGAUCGGAUUCGACCGGCCAGGACGCCUGCGAGAGUGCCGGCUUGGCAUGGCGGGCGCCGGCAGCACAGCCCUGGCCCACAGGUUGUGAGCCCGUGGAAACGAUGA